GUCAAUUUGAAUGGUAUUGUUUGCUUUCAAAUUUAAAUUUGUUUUUACAUAAAGACGUUAAAAACAAGAUGGUACGAUAUCAAGCUUUGAAAGGUUUAUACGAAGUAGACAGAACGAUAGGAUGCGGAGGUUUCGCAAAGGUCAAAGUGGGCGCCCAUAUAUCGACUGGAGAAAAAGUUGCCAUAAAAAUUAUGGACAAAGCUGCCUUGGAUUCUGAUCUACCAAGAGUGAAAUUAGAGCUGAAAGCACUGCAGACGCUGUCACACGAGAAUAUCUGCAAGCUUUUUCAAGUUAUAGAGACAGAAACCCACUUUUUUCUCAUAAUGGAAUACUGUUCAGGUGGAGAACUGUUUGACCACAUCAUAGAGAAGAACCGCUUGUCUGAAUCUGAAAGCAGGAUGUUUUUCAGACAAAUAGUCUCUGCAGUAGCUUAUCUACACAGCUCGGGAUUUGCCCAUCGAGAUCUGAAGCCAGAAAAUGUACUUCUAGACAAAUACCAAAACUUAAAGUUGAUUGACUUUGGUCUAUGUGCUAACCCAGAUGGUGGAAUGACGUCGCCAUUACUCACUUCUUGUGGAUCCCCAACAUAUGCUGCGCCAGAACUAGUGAUGGGAAGACAGUAUUUGGGAGCUGAGGUGGAUAUCUGGGCGAUGGGGGUUCUGUUAUAUGCACUUCUUUCUGGAACCCUCCCUUUUGACGAUGUCAGUAUAGAUGCUCUGUACAAGAAAAUUCUUUCUGGGAAAUAUCAUGAGCCAGCAUUCAUGUCUAAAGAAAGCCUAUCACUUUUAAGAUCUAUGCUACAAGUUGAUCCCAAUAAAAGGAUAACAAUCAAGGAGCUUUUGUCACAUCCUUGGCUUACACUAGGCAUCUUGGAUCCUGUGAACUUUAGGGGUGAUGAUCCGAAAGUAUAUGACAAACAAUGUGUUGAAAUCAUGGCAAAACAACAUCAGAUUGAUCCACACACGAUGUGGUGUAAACUGAAACAAUGGAAUUAUGAUUAUCAUACUGCAACUUAUUUGAUACUUUUAAUGAGGAAGAAAAGACAAUCUCCUUUGAAAUUAUCCAACAAUAUGGCAAGUAAAAUUAUCUGGGACUCUAUUUAUAGUAGUACCCCUGAAACUCCUGCAGAGAAGGGUGCUGUUUCUACACCAAUAUGUCAAGUAUCCACCCCUACAAAUGGAUUUGUAGAGCCACAUACCAGAAGAGCCCUAAAGAGAGUUCGAAGUCCCAUACCAGAGGAUAAAUCACCUAUACCUACAAAGAAACUGAUAAAAGAUGCUACCCGAAUGUGUACACCUAAUAAAGAGCGAUCAUCUGAUACUGUCACUACUCCUGGAUCUGCAAGAAAAGUGCUGGGUAGUAUUGAAAGGUCUUUCCAGAAAGUAGUAAAUGUAUUGACACCUAGAAAGACUGAUAACUGCAGUGUAGGCAAACCAACACAGUUGACCAGCAAAGAUCUUAGUAAUGUUUCCACCACUCAAUGCUGUAGUCCAGAGUAUGUUAUCAACCGACUUUCUAAAGCAUUAGAAAGAAAAGGCAUCUUCUGCAAGAGGAAAGGUUUCAAGUUACAAGGGAAGACACAGCCUAUAUCAGGCAGUGUAUAUGGUGAAUGUUCCUUCGAAUUAGAAAUCUGUUACCUUCCAAACUUGGGAACAAACAGUUUGCCUACUGGGACUAACACACCUACAAAAUCAAUAUUGAAAAAUGUACCUUUGAGUGUUUUCACAGCCAUGUGAAAAUGAGUUUACAAACAUAAACGAGGAAAGCCAUCAGAAUUUUGUAGGAAUCAGGAGAAAACGUUUGAAAGGAGAUGCUUGGUGUUAUAAGAAAGUUUGUGAGGAGGUUUUAGCUUUAACUUCAACUGAUUUUCAAAGUAUUGUAGAAUCUACUGUAUGAUAUUUUAACCAAUUUAUUAAUAAUUGUACAUGUGUGAAAUAUACACAGAUCUUUUACAUAAUAUUUGCAGUAAAUAUGUACAAAAAUCAAGUUUGAUGUAUAAUAAAUUUUAACUUUGAUAUAUUAGCUUAGUAGUUCACCAAAUCUCUGUCAUGCAAAUAAGCAGGUUGGUGCGAAUCUACUUCCGGUACAAGCG